AUUUCUGUCCCUGACAGCUGUCUGGGGGUGGUCACUCUUGCUGACAGUGUUGGGAGUUAGUUGGGCAGAAGAAAUCCGGCAUGGCAGCAUAAUAUGGAAUCUUAGAUCACGGGGACAGAACUUGUUCAGACUGAUUAUGUGAAUACCUCUGUAUCAUGGAAGAAGGAGAACUACCUUGGCUUUUGGUAAAUGAAGUUGGUGGCAUACGUGGGAUAUUGCAUAGCCAUGUGCCAUUCCUGAAGAAACAUUUCCACCUCAUCACCAUGAAGGAAUUUCUUGAAAACAGAAAAGAUGUAGGCAAAAAGGUCCAAGCAAUCUAUUUGUGGUGGCACAAACCGGUCAUUGACAAAGAGCUCCUCCAGAGCCUGCCAAACUUAAAAGUGAUUGCAAAUUCAGGGGUGGGGAUGGAUCACUUGGAUCUGAAGCUUAUAGCUAGCUUUUGUGUGAAGAUGGCUAAUGCUCCACAUGCUGUUUCCAGCACCACAGCAGAUACUGGGAUGGCUUUGCUGCUAGCCUCUGCUAGAAGACUUGUGGAAGUCCAUAACAUUUCAGUUUCUCCAAGUAUGGACUACUGUGAAGCUGAUAUUCUGGGAGUUAAAGUUGCUGGAGCUACUCUGGGGAUCAUUGGCAUGGGCCGCAUUGGGUAUAAGAUUGCUGUGAGAGCCAAAGCAUUUGAAAUGAACAUUUUGUACCACAACAGGACACGGAGGAAAGUGCAAGAGGAGCAAGCUGUUGGUGCCACUUACUGCAAAAAGAUAGACAGUUUGCUCCAGCAGGCAGAUUUUGUGAUGCUAGUGGUGAGCCUGACACCUCAGACACACAAGCUGAUCGGGAAAAGAGAACUGGAGCUGAUGAAACCCACAGCUACCCUCAUUAACAUCAGCCGAGGUGCAGUAGUUGACCAAGAGGCGCUAGUGGCAGCUCUGCAGACCGGUGUUAUCAGGGCCGCGGCUUUGGAUGUCACCUCCCCAGAGCCACUGCCCAGAGAUCAUGCAUUGUUAAAAUUAAAGAACGUCAUUAUAACACCUCACCUCGGCAUUAAAACAGACAAGGCCACCUACAUGAUAACAGAGGAAGCAGUUGAAAACAUACUAGCAGCCCUGAAUGGUCUCCCCCUACCCAGUGAAGUGCUCCCUAGCUAAUGUGUGAAAGGAUAUUGCGGAUCUUUUCAUUCUUCUCUUUGUCUUUUUAUUCUUAUCUUUCCCCUGCACAUCAGCUCUAAAGAUCUUGUUAAAUAUAAGAAUCUCCAUACAUCUCACUAAAGCUUCGAAGGAAGCAGUUUGCUAUCGUGUCAGUUGUGUUUUUAUAGUUUCUCUUGUCUAACACAGGUCCAAAAGGCAAAUAAACACCCUGAGUGGCAGUGCUAUGCCUUUUGUUAUGUAGGAUGACUUUAUGAAUAGUAUUAUUUAUUCUUAAAAUUUGUAGCAAAGUUGCCAUUAAGUGCAGCCGGGAUUUUGCCUGGAGCCUUAAGCAUCUUUACAGAGCCUUUGUCUUGCAGGUAUGCUGGCCAAAAUACACUUUGUCCCAUCACUUUUGCAGCUCCAGGAAACAAGACAUUGCAGUUUUUCAGGCACAGCAAAUUGGCUGUCAAGAAUUUCAAGACUGCCCCAGGGGCCUCCCUGCUCUUUGAGACACAGGUGCCCAGUACAUAUUUCAUUGUUACAUGUAUAACCUUGAAAAAGUAAGUUAAAUUUAUUCAUAAAUAAAAGGCUAAGCAAUAAAUUACAGAGCUGAAAAACAAGGUUACUGUACAAUAGAAAAGAGGAAAAAAUGCCUUUUCUUAGAUCAAUAUCCCAAAACUGCAGAAAACACACAUGCAAACUUUUCUCAAGUGAAGAAGCAAACAAAAUCAGAUACAGUGCUUCACAUCUACUUAAACAAUUGUACAUGCUUGGCAUUUGCUCGGAGUUUUACUCUACAUCUGCAGAUAUUUCUUGCAGAUAUUAAAUGCAUCACUUGGUUUGGCGUUGCCUGAAGAUUUCCUGCCUCAGCUUUUUUUGCCUGUAAUAAAAUACUGCCUUAUAAAACUUAA